CAGAAACAGAGGUGUAGUGUCUCUGUUUUAAAAAAAAAACAUUCGACGAAACUUCUUCAGAUUGUAAACAGUGUUAGCUUCAAUGGCUUUGUCGUUGGGAUACUUACAAAGAGACAACAGUUUCAAGAAAGAGUCACAAGAGUGUGAAACACCAAGAAUCCGUAAUAACAUGUAUUUUGAGAAGACCUUAUCGUUCAAAGAUUUGGUUAACCAGGGUAACAAUUACAACAAAGAAGAUAACUGCGGGGUCAAAACAAGAAGAGGUAUAAACUUGAGAGGUCCUAAACCAGAUAACAUGAUUCUUGAGAGGAGUCUCUCGUUCACGAGCCUAGUCCAAGUGGGAGGAGAAGACGAUGAUGACGAAAGAGGAUCGUCUCCGAAACGAAGGAACAGAGGCAAAAUGGGGAAUUUAACGGCGUUGAGUUUACCAGCACCGACGCCGUUUUGGUCUCCUAGACCUUUGACGGAGCUAGACGCCGCCGCCGUUACGUUACAAAAGGUUUACAAGAGUUAUCGAACGCGUAGAAACCUUGCUGACUGUGCAGUGGUUGUUGAAGAGUUAUGGUGGAAAGAAUUGGAAUUGGCAGCGUCAGAACCGAACAAAACCAAUGAGAAACCGGAGUCGGCUGUAUCUAGGUGGGCAAGAGCUGGAACUAAAGCAGCAAAGGUGGGGAAAGGAUUGUUGAAAGAUGACAAAGCACAAAAAUUAGCAUUGCGACAUUGGUUAGAAGCCAUUGAUCCACGACAUAGGUACGGGCACAAUCUACACUUGUACUAUGAUGUUUGGUCAGCAAGCGAGAGUACUCAGCCUUUCUUCUUCUGGUUAGACAUUGGAGAUGGCAAGGAAGUAAAUCUCAUCAAAUGUCCGAGAACCCUUCUUCAGCGCCAAUGCAUCACUUACCUUGGUCCGAAAGAGAGACAAGCGUACGAAGUGGUGUUGGAAAAUGGGAAACUAGUCAACAGACAGACCAAAAACCUCGUGGAGACCAUCGAAGGAACUAAAUGGAUCUUCGUGUUGAGCACGACAAGAAGACUAUACGUUGGUCAGAAACAUAAAGGUCGGUUUCAACAUUCAAGUUUUCUCUCCGGCGCAGCCAUUACCGCCGCCGGUAGAAUUAUUUCACAAGGUGGAGUUGUAAAAGCCGUGUGGCCGUACAGUGGUCAUUAUCUCCCGACGGAAGAGAAUUUUAGAGAAUUCAUCGGUUUCUUGAGAGAAAACAACGUGGAUCUCACAAAUGUCAAGAUGAAUGCGAUUGACGACGAUAAUCAUUUGGUCACAAAUGACGGAAGCACAAAGCCGUCGAAAGUGGUGGUGACGAAAUCGGACGGUUCAGAUGAAAAGAAACGUUUUUCGUGUAAGUGGAGUACUGGAAACGGUCCUAGGAUCGGGUGUGUGCGGGACUAUCCAAUAGAUCUGCAGACGCGAGCGCUUGAACAAGUCAACCUUUCUCCACGUGUAGUCAAAGGAAUAACGGGAUUAUUUGGCCCAAUACCUUCGCCUAGGCCCAGUCCAAAGAUUCGUGUCUCUCCUAGACUAUCUUGCAUGGGUAUUCCAAGUCCAAGAAAUUAAUUUUCUUUUCUAAAUUAAUCAAUUUUUCCAAUUAUUUCCUUUUUUUUUUGCAUUGCCCUAAUGUUGGGUGAUUCUUUAAUUAGAGUACAACCUGUACUCAUUUAUAAUUCACAUAAUUUAAUUUUACAUGUAUUUUUCUUUCCUUUUUUCUGAGGUUUGUAACCUUUGUUAUUUACUUUGUAACAUUUGUACUUUCACAUCAUUAUUUUUCUCCAAACAAUUGUAAUAGAAUAAUACCAAAUUCCCAAAU